AUGCAAGCUCGAUCACGUCUCUCCCCCUUCCCGCUCACGCAUCAUUCGCAUUCGCCAUCGCCGUCAUCGUCGCACUCGCCAUCGCCGUCGCCGUCGCCGUCGCCUCGCGCCAAUCGCCACGCGCCAUAUCACACGUCGCCCUCCCUCGGCCUCUUCGAAGCGUUGGAGCGACCAGCAACCACCGUUCUCAUCACCUCGGCCGACGUCACCUAUGAGUUGCUAGCCUCGACCGAAGCCCUGCUCGCGCCGCGGCGUCGCUUCCCCUUGGCGACCUCACCGUCCCCCCCCCUCUCCUCCACGAUGGCCGCAGUUCUGCCUUCCGAGAACAUCAGCUACUUCUCGACGUCUCUGCGUCGCUCGCAGUCUCAGUCUCACCUGUCCGGAGACCCGACAUCCUUCCACUCGCAUGCCGACAUCACCCAUUCCUACGCCUCGUCCAAAUCCUACGCCGACUCGGAGCACUCGUCGGCGCCUUCGUCUCCCCUCGCCAUCCAAGCCGAGUCCACCGAUGUCUCGUUCAUCUCGACUCCUGCCAGCAACCUGUCGAUAUCGUCCGACUACGAUGAAACGCUAGCCCUCGACGACGCUCUCGAGGAACAGUUCAGCCUGCCCAUGCUCUCCCAAGACAAGUUCUUCGUGUCGCCUCAGAUCCACCACGACGACAGCCUAGAACCCCCGCCCAGCCCCAAGGCGGCCGACUCCUGCACCCUCUCCCCACCCGAUGCCGACAACUCGCUCGUCGGCUCGGGGUCGGACACGCCGGAUUGCGUGGAGCAUGCCGAGGACGACACGGCCAUCGUGAGCCGACCCUCGCGGCAGGUCGACUACCUGUCCCACAACUGGAGGGAAGAGGACAUCUGGUCCUCGUGGAGGUAUAUCGUCUCGAGGAGAGAGCAGUUUCCCAACAGCACGAGGUUGGAGAACGCCUCUUGGCGGACGUGGAUGAAGGCCAAGAACAAGCUCAAGACCAUCUCACCCGAGGAGCUUAAUUGGCUCAAGGACUGCGACGUGACCUGGCUGUAUGGGCCGCUGCAGUCGGGAUCGAAUCACCUUCACCCCACCCAGACCGAACCCUCGAGCUCGAUGCUGUCCAAGUCGGAUUCGCUCGUCAACCUCAACAAGAAACCCAUCCUCAAGAAGCGGAGCAUGUCGGAGAUCAUGCUGCAGCGAUCGCUGACGGCCUCCUCGCUGCUCAAGCAGGCGACGGCGGCCGUGCACGCCCAGGAGACGGGCAUCCUGCGCCCGAACCUCUCGCGGGCCAACACCGACUGUUACGUCACCUUUCCGCUCUCCACGCGGAGGGUGAGCUGCGGCAACACCGGCUCCGUGACGCAGUCGACGACGGACUCGUCGGGCGUCUCGUCGCCGUACCCGGAAUCGAAGCACAUCCACUUCAACGACAAGGUCGAGCAGUGCAUCGCCGUCGAGGUCAAGGGCGACGACGACGACGACGACGACAUGGAGCUGGAGUUGUGCGGCGACGACAGCGAAUCCGACGACGGCGUCAUGAUGAAGCGAGUCAGGUCGAAGAAGCGCGGUCCCUCGACGAAGAGGCGGUCGAAAAAGGCGGCUCAGCCCGAGGGAAAGACCAUCGCCAUGCUGCCGUCGACGACGCUCAAGUACCGCGAGGACACGCCCGAGCCGCCCGAGACGGCCAUGAAGCAUAGUAGCGGCAUCAUGCACAGCCCCCUGCUGUCGCCCUCCUCGUCGCAGGAGACGCUUCGGCCCAGCAAGCAGUCCGCCUUCUACUUUGGCGCCGACGACGAUGACUCGGACGAAGCGGCCGUCACCUCCACUUCCGGCUGGCGGUCGCCUUCGUCUGGCGGCAUCUGCCGAUCCAACUCGAACAGCAGCCUGGCCGACGAGCCCGCGGGCAUGCGGCGCACUCCCUCCGGCAUGCUCAUGCCUUGCGACGAUGGCGAAGCGCCCAUCGGCGACGGCAUCAUGGGUCGCGUCAUCGACACCGUCAACACGGCGCGCGAUAUUGCCCAUGUAAUUUGGAAUGUGGGCUGGAGGAAAUGA